AUGGACCCCGUCGGGUCCGUUGCCUUUCAUCUCUUCAGCGGCUGCUGUCUCGAGGCCGAUAGGGCUGACACCAUCGUCUUCCACCUUGAGAAGCUUCGGAGUGGGGUGACGGGCAACACGCAGCACCUGACGGCCACGAUUGAGGAGAUUCGCGCCAACGGCGGCCACCUGCGGGAGCUGGUCGACUUCGCCCAGGUGCAUCGAGACCGCGUGCCGACUCUGCUCAACUUCCUCAAUAUCCUGCUGCCAUGCCUCUCGAGGUCGCUCCGGGACAUCCUCUUCUACUGCGUGGACCGGUCCGCCACCAAGAAGAACCGCUGGCGGAAGAUGUACCACCAUCUCACCGCCGAAAGCGACGGCCUGCCUCUGCCGCAGCGAUUCACACUAUACAACUAUUUCCUCAAGUCCCUUCGGGAUGUUUUGAUCAGGUCAUCGACUUUCGAUCUCAACGGGCUUGAGAAUGCCCGCACUAAAAUCCUCCAGCUACGUGAGAAAAGAAAUAUUCCUCCACCUCCUGUUGAUGUCGGUCCGCAGAUGCGUUCUGCUGUUCUGUCCUUCGAAGUUGAGCCGGUUACGCAUUGGGCCGAGCAGAUCUUCUCGCUGCCUCUCCCUUCGCGAACGGCUAUGAGGAACCAACAACAGUCGAUAUCAGCCGGUCCGCACCAGCUAUGGGGUUCUUUCUGGAUUGCCGAGAACUCGAGAAUACUCUUCCGCCGGACCUUCAACGACGACCGAAUGAGCCUCACGGCCUUCGAGGACGGCUAUGACCAAUCGCCAUACCUUCUGCUUCGAGCACUGGACCCCGAAACGGGAAGCGCCUGGUUCUCUCGCCGUGGUGCACAUGAAUUAUGUGUCGAGCGAGAAGGCAGCUGCUUGGUAUUAAAGCGAUGGAGCCGCAAGGAUGUCUGCUUCAAAACCUGGGCGAUCCUGAACUUCGUGACCUGGGAAGAACUUGUCCUUACCUUUUGUACGUUUGUCGUGCUCAAAGCACGUAAUGAUAUGACUGUUGAGAUGCCUCCGGAGGACUACAUCCUCGGCAGUGAGCGCAUGCUGUUCCAUGCGAGAAUAUCCGAUGACGGCUUCUGGCACUCCUUGAUCGUCUACAAAGACGUCUUGACCGGCGGCAUCCGCCUGCAUGCAGCUGUUUGGGAAGGAGAGCUGCGAAGCUGCCCCGUAUGGACGGCAUUCGUAACCCACCAAUCGUCGUCUCCCACCUGGCUGAAGCGAGUCUCUCGGCGGAGGAUCCGUCUAGCCGACAUCCAGCUCUACGUCUUCUGCCAGAACUACCGGCAGCAGACCCAGAGACGCGGCAAUGCCGGUGCUUUUGAAAUAUCGUUCCACAGCGAAGAAUCAUGCAACCGCUUCAAGGACCUCUUCCCUCGCCUCCUGACACAAGGCAAAGCGCCCAAACGCUUCUAA